GCUAAAAUAAUGUUCUUGGGAUUUAACUUAACCAUUCUCGCAAAUACAACAAGAAGUGUGCCGCGGAAAAGCUCCUUCCCAGUGCGUGACACCUUCGUUACCCAACUAGACUGGUUCCGUUCGUGCUGAAGUCAGGGCAAGAGUAGACUGGUUCCGCUUGGCGUCUCUGUGCUUGCUUAGACUGGAACGAACAUCAUAGAGAGCUCAGUGAACGGGUUAUCGCUGUGAGAUUGUGAAGAAGGUGUCACGCGCUGGAAAGGAGCUUGGCGCAUUGAGAAGCUCCUCACAGCGAUAGGCCGUUCGCGGUGCUCUCUAGAGCUUGGCGCAUAGAAACUAAGGGGAGGUCACUCUCAAUAUUAUUGUAAAACGCACGACUGUGUAAAGGUUUGAGUCAACGAUUACUUUCUUACUUUGGCUUUUACUAAAUGGAGACAGACACCCAUGAAACCAAAAGACCAAAAGCUGAGCCUGAUUCUGAUUCAUUGGAGCAGCCAGAAGCUGUCUUGGAGGAUAGGUACACAGACCCCACAAGUCUAGUUGAUGCUUAUGUCUGUGUGAUUCAAGAUAAGAAAUUGACAGCCCAUAUUGUCAAGAAACUGAGCUGCGAUCUACCCCUGACGAAUUUGAUGCAUCUCAAGAGAGUCCGCAGUCACAAGGCAAAAGAUGCUGCCCAGCUACAGGUGAUAAUCUGUUCCAAGUCCGCCACAGAAGACUCCAGUGUGGAUAUCCUGGCCUCAAUCAUCUCUAAGUUCCCAGCACUGGGCAAGCCAGUCCUCGUUAAGGUGCCACAGAACCCACCGCUCACCCGAAAUCAGUACCAAGAUGCCAGCAAAUACUGGCCUGUCUCUUUCCAUGAAGAUAAGAGGGUGACAUCACUGCUGUCAGGCCAGUUCUUCUCCAGCAGGGAAGUGAGGACCAUCCACACACACAUGAAGACAGCCCUGCAUCUGGCUAAAGUGGCCAGGGAGAAGGGUCAGGCUGCUGUAGGCGCUGUAGUGGUGGAUCCAUCCACCAACACUGUCAUAGCCUCCGCACAUGACCUAAGACGAGGACUCAAUUCACUCCAGCAUGCUGUCAUGGUGGCAGUGGACCUGGUUGCCCAUGGACAAGGAGGCGGGAUGUGGGAUACACAUGACAAUGAUUUGAAGUACCGCUCAACACCAGAUACUGCCACACAUCCUUCAACAGAUGGCAGCACCAAAACUGGACCCUACCUCUGUACUGGAUAUGAUCUUUAUGUGACCAGUGAACCCUGUAUUAUGUGUGCUAUGUCUCUGGUCCAUUCCCGCAUUGGCCGUGUGUUCUACAACUGUCCACAUCCAGAAGGAGCUCUUGGCACCCUCUACAAGCUGCAUGUUCAGCCUGGACUCAACCAUCAUUAUCAGGUGUUUCGAGUGGUACUGCAAACACAGUUUCCCAACCAAGACCAACACUGGUGACACAGGACAUUCUGCAGCAUGUGGCACAGGUGAUACAGGACACCCUACAGCAUGUGUCACAGGUGAUACAGGACACCCUACAGCAUGUGUCACAGGUGAUACAGGACAUCCUACAGCAUGUGUCACAGGUGAUACAGGACACCCUACAGCAUGUGUCACAGGUGAUACAGGACACCCUACAGCAUGUGUCACAGGUGACACAGGACAU